UUCACUCAUUCUCUGGUAAAACUACCCCCCGGAUUAGCAUGACCGUUAUUUGGCGCUCUCUUACUAUUUUAGGUGACGUCAACCAAAUAGUUAUCCAAGUUAGGUACAAUUAUCUAACUAUUCAACAGUUUGACUGAAUGCACUCUACGACAGGAAAGCAAAUAUUUUAGAGACCGUAUAAAACACAGUCUUAAUGAUUACAGUUUGUUUCUUCCAAACAAAGAUUUUAUCAGGCUGACACUGUCAGAUCUUAUCACUACGUAUGUUGCUAUGCGACAGCUCGUUUAUAUUCGACAACAAAGGUGCCGGCAGUCUUCUAAGCCGUGUAAACCCAUGGAUAUUUGUCCGAUUUGUAGCAAUUCUAUUGUUCAGAUUCCUAUAUUUGAUUGGCUAAUUAGUAGAAAAUUUGUCGGUGGCUUUGGUUGGAGUAGUCGCACUGUAAUACCAAGAAAUUAUGUCAGAAUAUUUUAAUCCGCUGUAAUUCCGGGAAAGCCCUGACUGACAAAAUCUAACCGUGGCGUCAUCGAUUAUAUAUAUAACGAAAGAUUUGAUUGGGCUUUUGUCUAAAUAUUCCUGGAAGAGAGCUUUUUCUAGGAAUCUGCUUCCACAGCAUAUGUGCUGAGGCAGACCUUUCUUUGUGCUUUGCUGAGAUAAGCUGAUUUCAAGGCGUGCGAAUGAAAUGACGAAGAUGUAAAGAUUACAGAGAAUCGCUGAUUGUGACGUGCAGAAUGAGCAAGCGAGUGGAAGGCAGGUCUUAUGGGCAGCGAGUGCCUCCACUGACUAGUGUUAUAAAGAGUAUAUUGGAGAGAUACCCUGAUGGAGGACAAAUACUCAAGGAGAUAAUCCAGAAUGCAGACGAUGCAUCCGCGACGAGCAUCUCAUUCCUCUUGGACUCUCGUGCCAAUCCUUACAGAAGAUCCUCCCUUUACAAUGAAGAACUUGCUAAGUUCCAGGGCCCCGCACUCUACUCAUUCAACAACGCUCUAUUCAAAGAGGAAGACUGGGACGGAUUGCAGAGCCUCAUGGAUAGCAACAAGAAAGAGGAACCUUUGAAGGUCGGGCGUUUUGGCAUAGGGUUCAACUCCAUCUAUCACGUGACAGGUGAGUGACAUAAGAGCAUGCGCAAUCGUAGUAAAUUGGAUCUUCAAUUGACCUAAUUCACUAUGACGUCACUGCUUGUUUAUGUCGGGGAUAGAAUCGCCAAAUC